UCGAAUCCUCGUAAUAAUGAACCUUCAACCUGCCCUAUUUUAGUUGUACAUAAAGUUCGAAUCCACCAUUUUUGGUUCUACCAGACAAUAUAUGCACCCAAACAAAAACUUACGCACAGGAAAUUUUGGAUUGGAUUGCCAACUUCGAACCAUAUAUGGUCAAGAUAUACCUCAUAAUUAACAUACCAAAAAUUAAUCUCUUGAUCAGUUUGACAGUGUCGGGUCUGAGCGACAAAAGUGUUGGGGAAUAAAUCUUUCAUCUGGAUAUCAUUUAGAGACAAAUAAGAUGAGUGGUUUUGGUGGUGGAAAUCGUUGCAAAGUGUGUGGCAAACCUGUUUAUCAUGCUGAGCGUGCAGAAGGAAGCAACGAGUUUCACAAAAUGUGUCUCAAAUGCACAUUAUGCAAUAAGCUCUUAGACAGCACAACUGUUACGAUGCACGAGGACAAAGCAUAUUGCAAAUCCUGCCAUGGGAAGAACUUCGGGCUGCAUGGCUAUGGAUAUGGCCAAGGUGCUGGGGUGCUUUCAAUGGAUUUUGGAAAAAGUGCUCCUGGUUCUACGGCACCAAGCGCGCCAAAGCCGCAAGGAACAAGCGUGUUUGACGGCAAACCCGUCGCAGGUGGUCCGGAUGAUUGUCCCAGAUGUGGAAAGAAAGUUUACGCGGCUGAAAAGAAACUUGCCGCAGGAAGGUCAUUUCAUUCUCGUUGCUUGCGGUGUUUCGACUGCGGUAAAGGACUGGACAGUGGUUCACUGAAGAGUCGAGAGUCAGCCAUAUAUUGCCAAGGAUGUUAUGGUAAGCAAUUUGGUCCAAAAGGCUAUGGUUUUGGUGGAGGAGCUGGAACACUCACGCACACGCAAUGAAAUUGGUCUAAGUUGUGUCAUCCUUUUGACUUUAAUUUAAUAAAUUUCUAGGUUACUAAUUAAAAAUUGAGAAUGGUCUAAAUCAACUGAACCCCCAUUUAUAUUUGCAUUCAUAAUGUAUACCUAUAAUAAACGAUUACAAAAAUAUUGUCGUAGUAUGGAUUACUUAGAAAUUUGUUUUGGUCGUAACAAGGUUAGU